GGACGGAGAUUGUAUGGAUGGAUCACAUUAGUAUUCCUGUCCUAUCAAUGUGCGGGGCCACGACCAACGUCAGCCUGACCGACUCCGUGCGUCUGCCAGUCCCGCCACGGAUUCAUCUGGGAUCCUCACAGAGCCAAGCCCACGGAGACGAAAGAUCAAGGCGGACCGAUUAGCGCCAAUUGCCUGCUGCGGAACAGCUCGCCCCUUCCAGGUCUGGCGAGCCGCGGAGGGAGGGGAGAGGCGAGCCGCGCGCCGCUGCGGGAAGACGCCGAAGCAAGAGCGACACCCCCUCCCGCCCCCCACCCUGCAGCGCAGGCUUUGAACGCCGCUUCCCCCAUCUGAAUGGAAACUCGGAGCCGCCCGGCGGCGCGUUCCUCCUCGCUCAGCCUGUCAAUCCAUGCCGAGAGGAAGGCGGUGCAAGCCCGCGCCAGCAGCGUCCAGCUCCCGGGACAGGGCCGGCAAUGCUGCUGAGCAGAACUUGAUCGCGCCUCUCCGUCGCUGCUAGCGGAAGCGAUGCUGCACCGCACAGGCAGCGCUUCCCCGGCUCUCCUUCAAGCUGAAGGUUACCCACCCGCGCAGCCAGCCGCAACCUUGUGAGCGGCGCGCGUCUCAGGUCCGGGCUCCGGCUGCUCCGCGGCGGCGUGCAGGGGCAACCACCGGGCCGCCCGCGCCGGGGCGCACUGCACCAGCGGCUUCGGCUUCGUGGAUGUGUAUGCAUGAGUUCUGCACCGAAUGGGCGCAAAAAGCGCCCCAGCCGGUCCACCCGCUCCUCGAUCUUCCAGAUCAGCAAACCUCCGCUGCAGAGCGGGGAUUGGGAGCGCAGGGGCAGCGGCUCCGAAAGCGCCCACAAAACCCAACGAGCCCUGGACGACUGCAAGAUGCUUGUCCAAGAGUUCAACACGCAAGUGGCCCUGUACCGAGAGUUGGUCAUUUCUAUUGGGGACGUCUCAGUCAGCUGCCCCUCUCUGCGAGCUGAAAUGCACAAGACAAGAACCAAAGGCUGUGAAAUGGCCCGUCAGGCACACCAAAAGCUGGCUGCCAUCUCAGGCCCGGAAGAUGGUGAGAUCCAUCCCGAAAUCUGCCGGCUUUACAUCCAGCUGCAGUGUUGCCUAGAGAUGUACACAACAGAGAUGCUGAAGUCCAUUUGUCUGCUGGGGUCUCUUCAAUUUCAUCGAAAAGGAAAAGAAGCUAGUGGGGGAGCGAAGAAUUUGGACAGCAAAAUUGAGGAGAAUGCUGAGACACCUGCCCUGGAAGACUCCUUGUCAUCCCCUGUAGAGAGCCAGCAGCAGGCCUGGCAGGUCGCCACAGAUAUUGAAAACACCGAAAGAGACAUGCGAGAAAUGAAAAACCUUCUUAGCAAACUCAGGGAAACGAUGCCUUUACCACUGAAAAAUCAAGAUGACAGCAGCCUUCUGAAUCUAACUCCCUACCCCAUGGUCAGAAGACGGAAGAGAAGGUUCUUCGGGUUAUGUUGUCUUGUCUCAAGCUAGGUGGCUCCCCCGGAAACUCGCCACCAAGAUCACCUGAGAAACACCACAGAACCGUAAGACCUCCACCCUGCGGGACACCCCCACACACACAGUGGGACACCGGUUUUGACCAUGUUUUCUAUGCUCCCUUAUUACUUUGAUCUGCCUCUCCCUGCCAUUUUAAAUGAUUUCACACUUGAAAGCAGUUGCCAUCAAGGAAGAAGGAAAAAAGAAAAAAGAAAAAAGAAAGAAAGAAAGAAAGAAAGAAAGAAAGAAAGAAAGAAAGAACGAACAGAAAUUCAAAGAGGCGCAGCCUGUUUUUAAAGGGAGUUUUAAAAAGUUGACAUUGUGCAUGUUUGCUCUGAACCAUGCCAUGACAGAUGCAAGAAUUAUGAUUUUUAAAUUAUUUAAAGGUUUUUUAAAUGUAUUAUACAGAAAAUAUUUCACAUAUAAUAGUAUAUCUGUAACUCUUGCUGAUAUCAUGUUAACAAUUUAUCAGAUAUAAAAGAUGUCUCUAAAUAUAGAAAUCUAUUUAAAACAGCAAAACUGUUCAAGAAUCCAAUCUAUGAGUAUCAUUAGAGAUAUUAUAACCAAACACACGCCACCUCAUGCGUUGCUGUCUCUGCACUCAUUUACAUUUAGUCUUCCAUUCUGUCAGAAUCUCUAAGUGUCAACAUCAAAACAUCUUAAUUUAUAAUGCAACAGAGUCAUAUAUGAAGAAUACAUUUUGUAAAUACACAGUAAUCCUACUAUCUUCGAACAAUGCAUAUGGGUAGCUAACUUUCUUUUAAUCCAAUGGUGUCUUUUUAAGCUUCUUUGGGAAAUGAAGUUAUCCGGUUAAGAAAUGGUAUAGUAACAUAAACAAGUACCCUCAGAUGUAAAAUUCAAUAUUACCACAUUUUGUUUGAAUCGAAACCUGAAGCAUGGGUCCACACAUCAGCAUAGUGUUAAAUCUUAUAGGGCAUGCUGGAAUUAGCUCAGAUCAUAAAACUAUUUAACAUUUUACAUUAUUAAUGAAAAAAAGGUGUUUUAGUUACGCUUAGCUUGUCUCCUUUUAGAAUGACUAUGCAGAUAUGACUUUUCCAGUGUGUACUCUGUGUCCUGUCUUGCACUUGGACUCUUGACAACAGAACACAUUAAGCAAUACUGUAUUUUAGAAAAGAAGGAGCCACGCGCUGUGUCGUUUGGCUCAUGGCUCUGCUGCACUCUUUUCCCACGAACUUGUAAUAUGCCACAAAUCCUGUUCUAUUUCCUCCUGUCCUUCCUUUGACUCUUCCCCCCACCCCCACCCCCGCCCCGAUGAAAUUUCCCAGGAGUCUUUGCACUUUUGUUCCCUGCUCUGACAGAUCUCCAAGUCAGACCAGAGGUACAGGUGUCCAAUCAUACGAGGGACAGAAUAGAUGCCUGCAAGUGGCUUUAAUCCCAGCCCUGGGGAGGAACUUAUUUGUACAUUAACAUUCUGGCCUAAAAACUAAAUAUUUUUAAAGCCUUUCACUUUAUGGAACAUGGAGAGAACAUGGACAAUUAUUGUAUUCGGUUGAAUUCUACGAAAUGGCUGAUAUUUGACUGUUUUGAUCUCUAUUUUUAAAAACCAGCAAUUUCACAUAGUUCAACCUAAAAUCUGCAAAGAUACAGCUCUUGGAAUUUUCUCCUAUAUUUAUGUAUCAAAAGUGAAAGAAUUGCGGGAUGGAAGAGGUCUCCAAAGUCUAUGACUGGUCUUCAUUUCAAUUCCACUAGUUGCUGCCGGCCAUAUUCUCGGUACCCCACCCCCACCCCUUGCUAUGCUGCACUAAGCUGGUAGCUAAUGGACUGUCACUAGUAAGACUGGAUUCAGUAAGAGAAGGACUUUUGACAGGUUAUGUGAGACGAUUAUAACUUUCUGAAUGGAAUGUUCAUGAAACAAUGGAAAGAGUGUGUUAUUUAAAGACUCCUCACAAGGAGCUACUCCCCGCUCUCCUGGCCUGCCGUCUUGAAUAAGGCGAACUCUUCUCUCCUGGUUGCAGGUCAUUUCAAAUUAGAUACGUUCCAAGGUUAUCUCAUUUCUCAUUUAUGAGCUAUUAUUUCUAAACUGGCAUGGUCUCAGCUCCUGUCUCUGUUGUCUCCCACACUCUGACUGGAUUGAACGAUUAACUUCAGCCUCAUUCCUAGCAAUCCAUGCAAACGGACUAACUGACAAGCCUGAGGUGCGUGCGGGGCACACCCUUGUGGAGGCCCGACCUAAACCUCUUCUGCGUCGUUCAUUUGUGCUAGCUCUCUCCUUAGUCUCAGCGUGAUGACAACACCUUCUGUGCAAUUGUCCUUUGUACAACUGAAGACUGUUAAAAAAAAAAAAAAAAAAAAAAAAUUCAGGUCUCACCUCCAUGACUGAGAAGGCUGUGAGAGCUAUUCAUGGCGAUGGGAAUUUAUCUAAUUACCUAGCCAGACUUUGCAUACCUGAGGUAAUGGAGUCGACCACCUUAUGUUUUAUUCAGUGCCUGGUUUCCAGCCUUCGCUCGCUCAGUUUUAUAGUUCCCAUAGACACACACACUCCAAGAUCUAUAGAUGUUCUUUCAGUAGCAGGUCCAAAGGCAGCAUUAACAAUCAAGGUUCCGAUACCUAUGCGGGCUCAUGGUUGCCCUGGGCAACUCACCACCUCCCCUUAGAUAUGCCAAGUGCACCCGCUAGGAGCUGCCCCUCUCUCCUCUCACCUGCCAAAGGACUUCCUCAGGUGUGGGUCCACCAGAUAAAGUUCUGCUCCCUCUGCCCGCUGCAGGAAAUGGUCUUUUCUCUCAACAGAAGCGUCCAGCUGAUCUGUAAGGGUCUGAGGAAAACCCUAUUCUCUCACAAACCCAUGUGUACGAACAGGGAAAAAAGACACUCAUUUUAUCGCCAUACUUUUUAUAUUCUAUUUUAGGUUUUCCUGCAUAUUAUAAUGAAUAUAUGCUUUUUUUCCUCUCUCUCUUUUUUUUUUUUUUUUUUUUUUGUGGGAAAUCUGAAGAACAUCACCAUGUAUAAAGAAAGUAAACAUCCUCUGAACUCUACGGCAAAUGUAUUGUUUAAAAAUCACAUUUCCCGGCUCUAAAUCAGUUGGGGCUGAGCUCAAAGACUCUUUUGGGAAAGACACAUGAAGUAACCUUCAGGCCAAAGUGUCCCUUUAAAGUCUGACCACUGAUGUUUGGCGUCUAGACUCAGACUCACUGCAAACUGCCCUGUGUGCCACUCAUUAGUGGAGUACAAAGCAAGCUGGAGAAGUCGCAGGGCCCUGAUUGGUUGUGUGGUGGUGGGGGUGGGGGUAUUCUCAAGCUCCGCCCAACGGGUUGUGGUCCUUCCUACUCUUGUGAAACGUUAGAUUUAGGCAAUGCUGCCACCUAGUGGAAACUGGGCUUCAGAAAGACCAAAGCAAAUACACAAAGCAUCUUAUUUAUUCCAGAAAAUCUGCCAAUGGGGCCUAUUAACAAGGAGCCCAUGACGACUUCCAGACUGUGAAAGUCUCAGGGUUGUGAGAUUAAAGAAUUACCAUGCAGCUUAAACCCCUUACCCACACAUCCGUGCCUAAGCAAUAUAUCUGUGUUUUCCUUUUGUUCUAGAAUAUCGCCACAAAAAAAAAAAAAAAAAAAAAAAAAAAAAAAUGGUUACCUUUCCCGUAACUGUAGAAAGAAUAAGGAAACGCAGUCAUACUAUGUCGGCCUCACAGUAAAUUCUCACAAGCAGCUACAUCACCCACAAUAGAUCCAAUAACACAAAAUAACUGAGACACAUUUCAAAUCCGAGGAAAGUCUGGAUAAUUAAGUACAUUAUGUAGGAAUAACUAACUAACCUCUCCUGGGUACAAUCUUAGGUCUAUAGUUUAAUCAAAAUAAAUUCUAGAUAAAAUAAGUAUUUAAAUUUUAAAACAUGAGAAUGAAUGACAAAAAUGAAAAAUACUUGUCAUCUGGAUUGGUGAAGAUGGCAUCUUACUGUGGGGAAUCAAAGCCUUUCUAAGCAUAAUACCAAAGGCAGAAAAGAAAAGAUGGAUGGACUGGUACCAAUGUUAAAAAAGAAUGUAAAACUCCUAAACAAUAAACCAAAUGAAAAGAAAAUAAUAUUUUCAAUGCAUGUAAGAAAGAGAUUAGGCCUCUACUAUGUGAAGGACCUCAGCACUUUGGGAAGUCUCUAUGAUUUACAAGACCUGUGCUUUCCCCAUUACUGCUUGUAUGAUUGUCUGUCUGUCCCACUAAAUUGAAAGUAUAAAAGGAAUCACUCACAUACAUUUUGCUUAACAUUGUUUUCUCGACUCCUAACAGUGCUGUAUACAAACCAAAUACUGAAAACACAGUUGUUGAAUGAGUAGAUAGUGAGUGGGUGGCAUAAAUAAUAUUUUGUGAUUCAGAGGGAGAAAAUAUCAGACUUUCCAGUUUGAGAUCAGGAUUCAAGGUAGUAAUGCACUGUAUGCUAAGAUAAUCCACUGAUAGCACUGAACAUAUUUGAAUAGACUAGUGGUCAAAAGUUCAGAUACAAACAACUCAAACAGACAUGUGCAUAUAUAAGCUUCCGGGAACCUUGAGGAAGUUUGAAAUAUAAACAUUCUCUUAUCAUCAACAAGAGUAUAAAUUGAUCUGACCUUUCUAGGGAAUAUCUUGGCACUAUGUGUUUUUCAUACAUGCCUAGUAACGUCACAUUAAAGAAAUUCUCUUCCUAAAAGCUCAGCAAUAGGCCAGGAAAGAUGGUUCAGCAUGAAAAGACCCUUACUGCCAAGCAAGUUAGAACCCCCUGGACUCACAUGGUAGAAGGGAACUGUUUCUUCCUAUGGGUUGGCCUCUAAUCUCCACAUGCACUCUGUGACAUAUGUGUCUGUAUACACACACACACACACACACACACACACACACAUACAUGUAUACACACACACACAAUACAUGUAAUUAAUUAUAUUAUUUAAUGUUAAGCAAAAAACAUGAGCUAAGAUGCAUUUACUCAUUAUUUUAAAAGUCAUGCCAGAAAGGACAUUUUGUAAAUAUGCCUACAUUAUAUGUUUAGAUGUGGUAUAUCCUUUCAAUGGAUAUAGUGCAUCACUUGAGAAUGCAUACCAUGUGUAUUUAUUGAAAUGUGCAAUUUAUGUUAUUAAAUAGAAAAGAGGAGGUCAUAGAGGAGUUUCUAGAGAACCACCCUCUUACCAACAUACCUGCACACGUGUGCAUUGAAGGGUCUGAGUGGGUGCUCGCCUACAGGACAACAGCAUUUCUCUCUGGGAGGUGAGAUUUGGAGCAAUCGUAUUUUCUUUUUGCAUAUCUGUGAUUUCUGACUUUUCCACAAUGAGCAUGUAGUAUCUGUAUAAUUUUUUCAGGGAAUAAACAAUGAUGUUGACAACAUAUAUUAAAUGAAAAAAUGUUAUAAAACAGUAUGUAUAGUAAUAUACAAUAUUUGUAAAAAAAAAAAAAAAAGAAAAGAAAAUCACAUAUAAAUAUAUCUAUGUAUGUAUAUAUACAUAUAUAUGCACAAAAGAGCUAGAAGGCCAUACACUACAAUGUUAACAGCAGUUAUCCAUGGGUAGUGGGACUAGGGGUGAUUAUUUUGCUUUUUGCUUUUCUGUGUUUUCUAAUUUUUCUACAAUGAACAUGUAUUACUUGUGUAAUAAA